UCCACAAGCAGUUCUAUACUGUCAUGCAGUCGGUGCCAGGAAGAAAAGAAUACUUGUCAGGGAUUGAGGGUGGGGCAGGGUGUCGAUGCCACUUCAAACAGUGAGCAGAGAGAACUGCUUAGGGGAGAGAAGUUCAAGGAGGCAGAGUGGAGGCAGGUGAGCUGCUUGGCUGUUUGGUUUUAAAGGCAACUUCUGGUCUAGGAACUGAGUCGAUGUGUAUGAUUACAGUCCUCCUCUGCUCAAAACCCUCCUAAGGCUCCGGUCUCAGGAAAACCAAAAGACCUUAAAGCAAUCAAAAGAUUGCUUGGAUCUGCCCCCAUUUUUUUCACUGAACUCAAUCCCCAACCCGUAUUGCCCCUCCCUUUCCUUGUAAUUCCUCAAUGCCCAGGCCCACUGGCUGGCUUCCUUCCCUCCAGCCUCAGCUCCACCAUGCCCUUUCCCAUCAUAGGGGAGAAAAUUGAAUCCCUCAACCCCAGUAACCCUCUCCGCCUUUCCAGCUUUCUUUUGCUCCAUGGCACUGGUCAUCAUGACGGGCCAUCUAUAUUUUACGUAAUUAUGUUUAUAGUGUCUUCCCCCACCGUCUAAACUCCGUGCAAACAAAGAUUAUCGUCUGUUUAUUCCCUCCUGUAUUCUCAGUGCUUCAAACAGAGCCUGGCGCACAGGAGGCACUCAGUGAAUGCUUGCAAAAUGAAUUUUUAUUGUAAUGCAUUUAAUGAAAUAGCCCAGAUUACUAUCAGGCACCUAAUAAGAAACGUGGCCGACUAUCUUCUCGCUUGGGGGUGUGUGUGGGCAUCCCGUGCCUCAGUUUCACCCGCCCUAAAAUGGGAUCAAGGAUAGCUGUCUCAAUGCCUUGUGGGAACUCGCUGUGAUUAAAUUUGGUCACUAAGCCAAACGCACGGGUCACUGCCUAGAUUGAGUUAGGCCGCCGUCAGGGCCCCAGCAGGGCGGCCCGGUCGCCUCCCAUCAGCCCCGCCCUUGUAGGCGGAGCCACGGGCCCGGCCAGCACGUGUAAGAGUUCGCGGCGGGUCGCCGCAGUCACUCACCUGAGCGCGCACGGUCCGCGCGUCCUCUGCUCGUGCGUCCUCUGCCCGCCUGCCCGCUCGCCCGGCCCGCGACUCAUGUCCCGCCGCAAGGCCGGCAGCGCUCCCCGCCGAGUAGAGCCCGCGCCCGCCGCCAACCCAGACGACGAGAUGGAAAUGCAGGACCUCGUCAUCGAACUCAAGCCCGAGCCAGACGCGCAGCCCCAACAGGCCCCAAGGCUGGGGCCCUUCUCCCCGAAGGAGGUGUCCGCGGCGGGGCGGUUCGGCGGCGAACCCCACCACUCUCCUGGCCCCAUGCCCGCCGGGGCCGCCCUCCUAGCUCUCGGCGCGCGGAACCCGUGGACCCUGUGGACGCCGUUGACCCCGAACCUUCCCGACCGCCAGCCCUGGACCGACAAACACCCAGAUCUGUUGACCUGCGGCCGCUGCCUGCAGACCUUCCCGUUGGAGGCCAUCACUGCUUUCAUGGACCACAAGAAGCUGGGCUGUCAGCUCUUCAGAGGCCCCAGCCGCGGCCAGGGCUCAGAACAAGAAGAGCUGAAGGCCUUGAGCUGCCUGCGCUGUGGCAAACAGUUCACAGUGGCUUGGAAGCUGCUGCGUCACGCCCAGUGGGACCACGGACUGUCCAUCUACCAGACAGAAUCAGAGGCCCCGGAGGCCCCGCUCCUGGGCCUGGCCGAGGUGGCCGCAGCCGUGUCGGCAGUGGUGGGGCCAGCAGCUGAGGCCAAGAGCCCCCGUGUAAGUGGCAGUGGCCUCACCCGGCGGAGCCCCACCUGUCCUGUGUGCAAGAAGACCCUCAGCUCCUUCAGCAAUCUCAAAGUGCACAUGCGCUCGCACACAGGCGAGCGGCCCUAUGCUUGCGACCAGUGUCCCUACGCCUGCGCCCAGAGCAGCAAGCUCAACCGCCACCGCCGCAUGCACGGCAUGACGCCUGGCAGCACCCGCUUCGAGUGCCCCCACUGCCAUGUGCCUUUCGGCCUGCGAGCCACCCUGGACAAACACCUGCGGCAGAAGCACCCUGAGGUAGCCGGCGAGGCCUGAGCCCAGGAAAGCCCCCCUCACUGUCCCUGGUACCGCUGCCAACACCCAUUGACCUCCUUGUUUUUGUCCCCCUUCUCCAAGUAAAUUUCCCCUUUUAUUUACACCC